AUGACAUUCGAAACGUUGCAAGAACCCCCAAAGAUCCCAGUCUGGCUGGAUUGCGAUCCCGUACAACAUGCUAAAUCAAAGCGGAUGCCAGGACAUGAUGACGCCUUCGCAAUCCUUCUGGCUGCUCAUCAUCCGCAGUUGGAUCUCCUGGGUAUCACGACCGUACAUGGCAAUGCCUCCCUUGAAAACACAACCAUCAACGCAGGGAGUAUUCUGGAGAGCAUUGGGCGAUCUGAUAUACCUGUUUAUCCCGGGUCCAAGAAGCCAUUUUGCAGGCUCCCUGUCCAUGCCCCAGAUAUUCAUGGUGUGACCGGCAUUGAUGGCACCGACCUCCUUCCUACGCCCAAGGUUCCUCCUGUGACGAAUGUCAACCCGAUAUUAGCUAUGAGAAAUGCCUUGCUUGCGCAGCCAAGUAAUACAGCGUGGGUUGUCGCUACUGGAGCGCUCACGAAUGUUGGGUUGCUUUUCGCCGUAUUCCCUGAGGUUGCGGAACACAUUCGGGGUCUUAGUAUUAUGGGAGGAGCAAUCGGUGAAGGAUUUACAAAUGUGCCAAUUAGCAAGAAAGACGGUGAGACGAAUAGGAUUGGGAAUACGACCCUGUACUCUGAAUUCAACAUCUACACAGACCCAGAGUCAGCCAAAUCCAUUUUGAUGUCACCGAUUCUCGGUCCGAAGACAACACUGAUAACUCUGGACUUGACGCACCAAGUCCUGGCGACGCGGACAAUCCAGUCACUCAUCCUUGCCACAGAAUCCAGUAAUGAGUCUGGGCCCUCUGUUCUCCGUCAGAUUCUUCACGCCCUACUCAUGUUCUUUGGUGGCACCUACGAUACCGUGUUUGGAAUUGAUAGCGGCCCACCACUGCACGAUCCUGUUGCAGUUGCCGUCCUGCUUUCAAACCUCAAUGGCCCACAAAUGGCCGGUCGAGGAGAUAUAUUGCAGUUUAAUGACAAUAAUGGAGCAAGAUACAUGGUCGAUGUUAUCACUGAUGGUUCGCACGGACGAGAUAUUGAACUAACUAAAGAGGUAGGCCGCACAGUGGCCCAAAAAACCACCAACUCUCUUGGUGGAGUUACUAUACCGGUCAGUAUGGAUGUUGAUAAGUUCUGGGUAAUCGUUUUGGACUGCCUUCGAAGAGCGGAGAAGUGCAUUGGGAUGCUGCCAGGCGCCAACUGA